ACGGAUAUUUCUUUCGUGUUGAAGGAAUUCUUUCGUCUGAAUGGGGCGUUUAAAUUUAAGAUGAGUGAAGGUCAGGAAGUUCAUCCUGCAUUUUAUCCUCUUUUUGCUGUGCCUGGAAUCCUUGUAGGAUUAGUUCUUGGAUUCCAACAGUGGAGAUGUCACGCUGAUGUCCCAAUGGUCCUGCAACGAUUCCGCGAAUCAUUGAAGAAGGUCGAGGCAAACUUCAACGAUGAAAUUGGUCAAUUGACCGAAGAAGCAAUCAGAGUUGAACGUCGCUUGAAAACUGGGGAAGUCGUAGCUAAGAACUAUGAAAAUUAUCUUUACGUAAACGAAGUCGUUUCUGAAGUUGAUGCAGAGACUUUGGGACAGUUGGAAGCCGAGUUGGACGAAGUGACGGCAGAAUUCUCCGGAUUACUAGCGAGGCCCACGAAGAUGAAGGAAUCUUUUAUUUUGGAAGGGAAUGGUGAUAGCCCAGCAGCGACAUCUGACCAAGCGGAUAAAAACUCUGCUGCGCGCCGUUCUUACGUUGCAACUAUUAGAAGUCACUUGAAGGUUGUAUCUACUGCUGGUUGUUGA